UUUGAAAAUUUAGAUCAGGUUCACUUGUUUGCUCUUAUAAUUGCAGCAAAUGCAACAUUUUCAAAGAAAAUUUUGGAUUUACUCUGUGCUCAAGUUGCAAAUAUGAUUAGAGGAAAGAGUCCUGAGCAAAUUAGAGACACUUUUAAUAUUAAAAAUGAUUUCACUCCUGAGGAAGAGGAAGCAGUUAGAAGAGAAAAUUCUUGGGUAGAAGAAUAA